GGAGGCGGUAGCGGUAGAAGAAGGAGUGAGAAAUGCAGAGCAGAUGCGGCACGGGCACGAGAGAACGCCAGAGGACAAAGAAGAGCAAGACGACGACGACGACGACGACGACGGGAAGAAGGCAGGAAGCGGUCGAGGAAGGCGAAGGCGAACGUUGUAGGAGGGGUAGGCCAUCGAGGCCACGGAGCAGCAGCAGCAGCACAAGACUCGUCUGGGCACAGAUUCUGGCGAGAGAACCGACGACGAAGAAUUGCCAUGGAUCGAUAGAUGUUCUUCUCGCUCUUGUCCGCUGUCCGCUUCGCCAUCGCCAUCUCCAUCGUCCUCGUCCAAGCAAGCCAGAGGUGGAGGGAGGGGUGGUGACAAGACUGUGCUGCUGGGAGCCGAGCGAGAGAAGGCGGUUUGUCGAGGAGAGGAGAGGAGAGGAGAGGAGACGGAAGCGAUGGGAAGGCGAAGUGCAGGCUGAGACGAGAUUGGCGAGGAAUGAGAUGAGGAGGAUGCGGAGGAGCACGGGCUCGAGGAGCAUGGCGGGGGCGGAGAUGGACGAGGAGGACGAGCAUGCGUGAUCGCUCGUCGAUGGAGCGGCCCGAGCAGUGCCUGCCGUGGGAGGCGGUUGUGGCGGUGGCGCGCGGCGAGACGUCGUAGAGUCGGGGCCGCGAGCGCGGAAUUUCAUGGUGAUGGAGCGACGGAUGCGAUGGGAGGAGGGAGGAGGAUAAUUGGCGCAGAGCGAGAGCGAGAGCGAGAGCGAGAGAGGGAGAGGGAGAGGGAGAGGGAGCGGGGGCCGAGGAAUCGAGAGUGAGAAUUGCGAGAGCAUCGUCGAUGGAAUUGUGAGAAGGACGGGAUCGAGCGAGCGAGCGAGCGAUGGGGGCGUUUCUGAGCUACGCGCGGGGCCGCGGGCGAGACGUUGCGGACCUGCCGGCGGCCGCGGAGUCGAGCAAGCGGCCGCGGCUGGCGUUGGGGUGCAUGGACGAGCGGCCGCAGAUGAUUCCCGGGCUGCCCGACGAGAUUGCGCUGCAGAUCGUGUCGCGCGUGCCGCGGGGCUGUCACGCGGCGAUGAAGGCCGUGUGCAAGACGUGGCACGAGGUGCUGGCGGGCGACGAGAUCUUCGAAUUGCGCCGCGAGCUGGGCCUGACGGAGGAGUGGCUGUACGUGCUGGUGAAGGACGAGCAGGAGCGCCUGGCCUGGUACGUGCUCGAUCCGCUCGAGGGCCAGUGGCGGCGCUUGCCGUCCAUGCCUCAGAUGGCGCGCGACGACGAGGCGCGCGAUCCGACGAGCUCGGGGCGCGGCUGGUGGACGGCGCUCGGGUCCUCGAGCCUGCGCCUCUCGGGCCUCUUCAAGGGCUGGUUCCGGCGCAAGGACCUGCUCGACCGCACGCCCUUCUGCGGGUGCUCGGCCGGCGCCAUCAGCGGCUGCCUCUUCGUGCUCGGCGGCUUCUCGAAGGCCUGCGCCAUGAAAUGCGUCUGGCGCUACGACCCGCGCACCAACGAGUGGACCGAGGCCGCGUCCAUGGGCACGGCUCGCGCCUACUGCAAAACCGGCCUGCUCAACAACCGCUUGUACGCCGUGGGGGGAGUCAAUCGCGGCCGCGGCGGGCUCACGCCGCUGCAAUCCGCCGAAGUCUACGAGCCCGCCACGGACUCGUGGACCGCCAUUCCCAACAUGCCCUUCUCGCGAGCUCAGGUGCUUCCCACCGCGUUCCUGGCCGACAUGCUGAAACCCAUCGCCACCGGAAUGGCCGCUUUCAAGGGCAAGUUGUGCGUUCCUCAGAGUCUCUACUCGUGGCCUUUCUUUGUCGACGUCGGAGGUGAAGUGUAUGAUCCUGUGUCGCACUUGUGGGGCGAAAUGCCCCAAGGCAUGGGCGAAGGCUGGCCCGCCCGCCAGGCCGGCACCAAGCUGAGCGUCGUGGUCAAUGGCCGCCUGUACGCCUUGGAUCCCACGAGCGCCAUGGACGGCAGUAAAAUCAAGAUGUACGAUUCCGAGCAAGACACUUGGAGGGUUGUGCUCAAGAAAGUUCCAAUUUUGCUGGACGGUACCGAUUCCGAGUGCCCAUAUUUGCUGGCCGGGUUCAGGGAAAAGCUCCACGUGAUCACCAAGGAUAACCAUGAGCGCGUCACGGUGCUUCGUGCAGACUUUACAGAACCUGCCGCCAAUGGCACCAAUGGCCCCGACACCGAAGACGAUGGCUGGAAAACCAUCGCCACCAAGUUUUUCGGCACCGUCGAUCUAGUCACUUGCCAGGUUCUCGACGUUUGACGAGGUGAACCUCCGAGGUGCAUGUCAGAAGUCAAGCUGCGUGACAUGCAUUUGGUCGAAUUCUCUCUCGAGUGUCGCAACGUCUGGGUCUGUUUUGUAGAGUACUUGUAUUACUCCCGGUAGUAGAUGUAGCAGUUUGUACAAACUCUGGUGGCCAUGUGCAAGCAUGAGAAGCUUGUUUUCUUUUACAUUGGUAUCAAAAGCCAAGCAAUAGUUUCCUCAUUCAAGCCCAAAUUCCAUCCCUUUACUUAGCCGUUUAUUGAGCAAGCACAGGCACGAAUUCAGGAUACAGAAGUCGUGACCUGCUUUAUUGUAGAUACGGGACACAGUGUGUUCUAUGAUGAACCCGAUAUACACCCUGGUCUAAGACCUGGUUCCCAGCACAUAUGUGUAAGAUAUAGGAUUCUGGCUCAGGUACUCUGCCCAAUUUUAUCCAGUGCUCAGGUCUGUAUCUACCUGUGUCAUGUGGAGCACUUGAAGUGAAAAUUAAACUUCACACUUUUCGGCACUUUUGGAAAUAUGAUUUGCGAGGAUACAUGAGUCGUUGGGUUUUACCUCUCUUGUAGGCUGCAGCUAUCUAAUAAGUGAUAUUGUCCAUCUAGCGAUACCAUCGUAGUUAUAUCUCCAAUCGUAGGUUCGUGUUGUAUCUCUUUUAUCAAUUGUUUUCGUCGGCUGGCUGAUUUAGGCUGUGGGUCGCGGUGAACAAACAUUCGUUGCCUUUUGUUUGUCAACAACUACUUUUUUCCCUCCACCUGAAGUGAGCUGAGGAAGUCUAGUUUGUGUGCAUCGUGUUUUCGACGCAGGUUUGUGUGUCAUUUGCU